AUGUCGACAUCUGCGUUGAAGUGUCCCAACUGCGACAGCUAUGAUAUAGAUACAGACACCGCCCGUGGUGAGGCAACUUGCGUCGAGUGCGGCACAGUCUUGGAGCAGAAUCUCAUCGUCAGCGAGGUCGGUUUCUCAGAAGAUGCGCGCGGCCGCUCUAACGUCAUUGGACAGCACGUACGUGCAGACGGCCGUCUCAGCUCGUACGGAGCUUUGCGAGGCUUCUCCCGCGAGGCCACGGAACUCACCAUGCAAAAUGGAAAACGGCGGCUUGGGCAUCUCGCCUCCUCACUCGGCCUCAAUACUCAAAAGUACACGGAGGGCGCUUUGCGUCUCUUCCGUGUCGCUGUUGAACGCAAUUUUCACAAAGGAAGGCGUAUGGCAAACGUUUGCUGUGCCUGUCUCUACAUCGUGUGCAGGAUGGAGCGCACAGCGCACAUGUUGCUUGAUUUUGCCGAUGUCCUGGAGACAAACUUGUACGACUUGGGCCAUACUUUCUUGAAGCUGGGGAAGAUCUUGUCUAUUCAGUUGCCUAUCAUUGAUCCGAGCUUGUACAUUCAUCGAUUCGCCAACAAACUGGAGUUCGGCGAGGUGACAAACGCGGUGGCCAUGUCCGCGCUUCGGCUUAUAGCAAGAAUGCAGCGAGAUUGGAUGAACGAAGGCCGUCGCCCAAGCGGGCUUUGCGGUGCAGCCCUCCUCAUCGCGGCGCGCAUGCACGACUUCUAUCGGUCGCAAGCGGACGUUACCCGAGUCGUCCGUAUUGGCAACGUCGCAUUGCGCGAUCGUCUCACGGAAUUACACAACACUUCUACAGCGACCUUGACGGCAGCGCAGAUUGAUGCUGGUGGUGGAGAUGAUGGAAAAUGGACGUCCCUCAACAUUUCUGAUGGGUCGGAAGCGUGCGAUCCUCCCGCUUUUCAACGUCUAGAGGCUAGGCGAGCUUUACUGGCAAAGCGAAAGAGGACAAAUGACGCAGAUAGCGAAACAGCGGAAGACGAAUCCUGUUCCACUGCGGGAGGUGGCAGUGUGAAAAAAGUUCGUAUUACUCCAGGGAAAGGUGGCCGGACGACUGAGGACGAACAACUGGAAGGUGAGUUCGCGAAAGUUCUGGCAAGCUCAGAACUCCAAGAGUUGGAACAGGAGACGAACGUGGAGGAGGAGCUGGUGUUAGCCGCCCAAAAACGAAGGGCUGCCGAAAAGGAAACAGACUUGGAAGGCGAUUCUGAAGAUGAAGAGGAUGAUGAGAUAGAGAAAGAGGCAGACGACGGGGAGCUCAGUGACCUUGACGAAGAAGAUGCAGAAAAAUACUUGAACACUGAGGAGGAGUAUGAGCGGAAGAAAGAACUUUGGACCGAAGUGAAUAAGGAGUAUUUGGAAAAGCAAGAGAAAUUGGAAAGGAUGAAGCGGGAAAAUCCAGAAGAGUACAAACGUUUACGGCCAUGGAGAAACACUCAGAAAAAGAAGAAGACUGCUCGUUCUGGAAAAACAUCGCGGGGUACGGAGAAAGACGACGAAGAACCACAACCAGUCGCUCCGAAGCCAUCAAAGAAACUCAAUUACUCGGUUCUCAAGACACUUGGGGAGCCAGGCGGGGCUGGUUUGCUAGGAUCUGUUCAACCAGUUCCGGCCAGCGGUGCACUUCCACCCUUGGCACCCAGGGCAGAUACUUAGGUGAAAGCGUUUAUGUGUAUAAGAUGCGGACUGGCGGUCGCAACGACUGUCCUCUCCAUCACUAUCACCGCGCCUGUAAAUAACGAACGCAAUGUACAAAGACAACCGCGAUCCUUUUCGAUGUAAAGUUGAACCUCUUUCUAUGCCCAAUAUCGUAGACUUUGAUAUUCUAAACAGAGAGGAAUACAAAGCAG